AUGUGCGCAGAGAGGAGGAAUAUGGCCGCCGUGCAGCUGCUGCGGGUGCCGGUCUUAUAUAUACAGUCUAUGGUGUCGGUACGUGAGCGGAUCAGCGCUGCCGCUGAUGACUGCCUGCUGCAGGUGGAGAAAGGAGGAGGACAGGCUCAAGUCCCGGAGCUGAGAGCGAUGCUAAUGGCGGCCUGGGAGGAGAUCCUCGCGGGGCUUGAGGAAACCUUGGCAGAGUACGAGGACCGAGUGGAGCAGUCCAAGCGGGAGAUCUGCCGCCAGAGGAGGCUGCUCGAUGCCGUGAUGCAGCCCAUAGUCCGGCUGCUCAGAGCAGGCCAGCAGAAGUCUCUGGUUCCUGCUGCUGUCUCUCUCCGUUCGAGCCGAGCCUCGAUGUGCUCAGAGAAGAGGAACAUGGCCGCCGUGCAGCUGCUGCGGGUGUCGGUACAUGAGCGGAUCAGCGCUGCCGCUGAGGACUUCCUGCUUCAGGUGGAGAAAGGAGGAGGACGGGCUCAAGUCCCGGAGCUGAGAGCGAUGCUAACCGAGCGGCUAAUGGCGACUGGGGAGGAGAUCCUCGCGGUCUUUGAGCAAACAGUGGCAGAGUACGAGGACAGACGCGAGGACCGAGUGGAGCAGUCCCAGCUGGAGAUCAGCCGCCAGAGGAGGCUGCUCGAUGCCGCGAUGCAGCCCGUAGUCCGGCUGCACAGAGCAGGGUGUCCUGCAGACAUCCAGCAACUGAUGGUGAAUAAAGAAGAGGUUCCCCCUCAGCAGCAGCAGUGGAGCCCCCUUGUGGACCAGGAGGACCCAGAGCCCCUCCACAUUAAAGAGGUACAGGAGGAACCGUGGACCAAUCAGGAUGGACAGCAGCUUCAAGGACUGGAGGAGGCUGAUAUCAAGUUCACAUUGACUCCUGUCGCUGUGAAGAGUGAAGAAGAUGAAGAGGAACAGAAAUCGUCAAAGCUUCAUCCGAGUGAGAGAAGAGGGAACCUAAGGGGCAAUCUAGAGAAAGAGAAACCUUUUAGUUGCUCUGAGUGUGGUAAAAGAUUUAACCAAAAGGGCAAUCUGAAAUCACAUAUGAGGAGUCAUACAGGAGAGAAGCCAUUUAGUUGCUCUGAAUGUGGUAAAAGGUUUAACCAAAGGAGCAAUCUAAAUUUUCAUAUGAGGCGUCAUUCAUGAGAGAAGCCAUUUAGUUGCUCUGAAUGUGGUAAAAGAUUUUACCAAAAGGGCAGUCUGAAAUCACAUAUGAGGAGUCAUACAGGAGAGAAGCCAUUUAGUUGCUCUGAGUGUGGUAAAGGAUUUACCGGAAAGGGCGGUCUAAAAAAACACAUGAUGAGUCAUACAGGAGAGAAACCGUUUAGUUGCUCUGAGUGUGGUAAAAGAUUUAACGCAAGGGGCAGUCUAA